GACUCCGUGGGCCUGGGGUGGAGGGCGGGGGACAAAGCUGCAGCUGGCUGGGAAUCGGGGCCGGUUUCCUGUCUGGAAGGGAAGGGGCCCGCAGAGGGGAGCGGGGACAGCAGCAGCAGACAGGCACACACCCCUGCCUUCCUCCCUCUCCUCCCUUCUGCAGGAAAAGCGAGCUGGGAGAACAGCUGCCACCAAAGCAAAACUGGACACUCUGUGCCCACAGUCCCCUCAGCAGCUGGCCUCCCCUCCUAGGACCCUGCUCAUCCUCCCCUUGCUUUCCUGUCCUCUCCUUGCCUGGCUCCCACCAGGGCCCUGGAACGGCACUAGGCAAGGAAAGUUUGUCACAGCAGCCAGAGGGGUCUAACAGGAGCGUGGAGGGACAGGGCCAGCCUUUGCCCAUUGCCCAAAAGCUGCCCAUCUCUUCCAAGACCGGGGGAGCAGCGGGUGGAGGAAUUGUGGGACAGUGUGCCUGCCCCCACCCCCACCCUUCAGGGGUCUGCAAGGGAAGGGACACUGGGGGACACAGAGAUGCAGGACAGAUUGCACAUCCUGGAAGACCUGAAUAUGCUCUACAUUCGGCAGAUGGCGCUCAGUCUGGAGGACACAGAGUUGCAGAGGAAGCUGGACCAUGAGAUCCGGAUGAGGGAAGGGGCCUGCAAGCUGCUGGCGGCCUGCUCCCAGCGAGAGCAGGCUCUGGAGGCCACCAAGAGCCUGCUGGUUUGCAACAGCCGCAUCCUCAGCUACAUGGGCGAGCUGCAGCGGCGCAAGGAGGCGCAGGUGCUGGGGAAGAUGGCCCGGCGGCCUUCUGACAGCGGGCUGCCGGCUGAGCGCUCCCCGUGCCGGGGCCGGGUCUGCAUCUCCGACCUCCGGAUUCCACUCAUGUGGAAGGACACAGAGUAUUUCAAGAACAAAGGGGACCUGCACCGCUGGGCUGUGUUCCUGCUGCUGCAGCUGGGGGAACACAUCGAAGACACGGAGAUGAUCCUGGUGGACAGGACGCUCACGGACAUCUCCUUUCAGAACAGCGUGCUCUUCACUGAGGCAGGGCCUGACUUUGAGCUGCGCCUGGAGCUGUAUGGGGCCUGCGUGGAAGACGAGGGAGCCCUCGCUGGAGCCCCCAAGAGGCUUGCCACCAAACUCAGCAGCUCCCUGGGCCGCUCCUCUGGGAGGCGUGUCCGGGCAUCGCUGGACAGUGCUGGGGGCUCAGGGAGCAGCCCCAUCCUGCUCCCCACCCCGGCUGUGGGGGGCCCCCGCUACCACCUCUUGGCUCACACCACGCUCACCCUGGCGGCAGUGCAGGAUGGGUUCCGCACACACGACCUCACCCUUGUCAGUCAUGAGGAGAACCCCGCCUGGCUGCCCCUUUAUGGGAGUGUGUGUUGCCGCCUGGCAGCCCAGCCUCUCUGCAUGACUCAGCCCUCUGCAAGUGGUACCCUCAGGGUGCAGCCAGCUGGGCAACUGCAGAACUGGGCCCGGGUGCACGCUGUCCUGAAAGGCACGGACCUCUUCUGUUACCGGAGACCCGAGGAUGCAGACGCUGGCAAAGAGCCGCUGUUUACUAUUGCGAUCAACAAGGAGACUCGGGUCCGGGCAGGGGAGCUAGACCAUGCCCCGGGGCGGCCCUUCACCCUGAGCAUCAGUAACCAGUAUGGGGAUGACGAGGUGACACACACCCUUCAGACAGAGAGCCAGGGAGCCCUGCAGAGCUGGAGGGAGGCUCUGUGGCAGCUCUUCUUUGACAUGAGCCAGUGGAAGCAGUGCUGUGAUGAAAUCAUGAAAAUUGAGACUCCCGCUCCCCGGAAACCACCCCAAGCACUGGCCAAGCAUGGGUCCUUGUACCAUGAGAUGGCUAUUGAGCCGCUGGAUGACAUCGCAGCAGUGACAGACAUCCUGGCCCAGCGGGAGGGCCCGAGGCUGGAGAAGCCCCCACCCUGGCUAGCAAUGUUUGCAGACCAGCCUGCCAUGCCCAGCCCCUGCUUGCCUGCCUCAGUGGCCCCAGCCCCAGCCCGGACCCACCCACUGCCCUGGGGACGACCCCGAACCUUCUCCCUAGAUGCCAUACCCCCAGACCACUCUCCUGGGGCUUCCCGCUCGGUUGCUCCUCUCCCCCCACAGCGAUCCCCUCGAUCCAAAGAUCUCUGCAGCAAAGGGCUGUCCCGCACUUGGCUUCAGUCACCAGUAUGAGAGAAAGAAGUGCUGGUAAUGGGACGCGGCCAGGAGAGGAAAUGACCUUUGUGCAGCUGGGCUCUGGCCACGGCGCAGCAGUGGCAGGUGGGCUGGCCUGGCCUCCCCCUCCUCCGCCGGAUUGGGGGUAGGCUGGGGAAGAGGGGCAGAAGCCCCAGUCAAGCUGUGGUUGCCAUGGUGCUGAUGGACUCACUCCCGGGGCUUGCUGGGACCCCCUGCACCCUUCCUGGGAGAAAACUGGAACCAACCCUGCCCUACCUCCCUGCACUAAUCAGCUUUGAGGAUGGCACUGAAGAGCCCUGGGAGGGAAUGCCCCUCCCUUGAGACUCCCACAUCAACCAUUAAAAUUAUUUAACAGCAGCUUUCACCUGGUUCUC